AACUUGGUCAGUGCAUUCGUCGAAAGAUUUCAUUGCAGCUCACCACCACCAUUUAACUGCUGCAAUGAAAAAGUUAUCCCUUGAUCGAAAUCUUCUACGACGUAUUGGGAUUCUAUUCCAAAUUUUGUUUCCACUUAAACAGAGUAUAUGUCCAUUCACUUUGCAGUUAGCACUUAUCGUUUUUCUGGUCUCAACACUUGACCAAUUUACCACCUAUUUCAUUGGUGUUCUACCAAGUGAGUUCUACGUUGCUCUUGGUAAUCGCGACAAGGAUACAUUUCGUUUUCUCAUCGCAAAAUCUGCCAUCAUCAUCUUAUCGAAAGCGCUGACUCUAGCCGCAUGCAAGUAUGCAACAUCGUUUCUCUACCUUAAGUGUCGUCAACUGUGUGCGAAUACUUUGCAUAGAUUAUAUUAUAGCAAUCAAGUUUACUACCGACUGAAUGUGACCUCUGAGCAAUUCGAUAAUCCUGAUCAACGAAUGACACAAGAUACUGAGAAAUUAACUCGAAUCCUCAUUCAAGAGCUCUUUACGCCUAUUAUCAUGGCACCUUUCAUUGUUGGCUAUUAUACAUACCUUACUUAUGACAGUUCAGGUUGGAUAGGUCCUCUAACGAUAUACGGUUAUUUUGCUUCGUCAACAAUUGUCAACAAAUUAAUCCUUUCACCAAUCGUCGGUCUCGUUAAUGAGCAAGAACAGAGAGAGGGUGAUUUAAGGUAG